AUGUGGGGACUAGACAGGCUAUCUCAGUAUUCGACGCCCACGGGCACGCCUCCUCCGCGACGCGACUCGUACUCGCCAGCUCCUCGAAGGGGUCAUCCAGGGCCGGGCCCUUUACCCAUGAGACCCGGUCUACAGCCUCGAACUUCGUCUCUAACACUCGUGUCACCAGGAGCUUCAAAUUUGAGCUUGCCUUCAACGGCACGUGGGCCGAAUGGCGCACCACUUCGCCGCCGUCCGACAGGGGGUAUUCCUCCCAACGUCCUAGACCCAGUACAGGUGCUGGCAUCUAUCAUGGGAGGACCACCGAGGAAGAUAAGUACGAAUGGCAAUGGCGAGACCAUACAGCACAAACCAGACGAGAUCGAGGUGGAUAUCGACUUUGGGGAGCUUAGCCUCCAGGACUUCGCAGAGGCCGACGUCCCUGAGCAGCGGCAGAACACGUCUGUACAUACAUAUAGCGCACAAUCAGUCGAAGAAUACGACAAGGAGAAAGACAAGUUUGAGGACUUGCACAAGUCUAUCAUAGCGUGUGACGAGGUGUUGAAGUCAGUGGAAACGUACCUUACAAAUUUUCAGGCAGAUCUCGAGGCAGUCUCGGCCGAGAUAGAGUCUCUGCAGAAUCGCUCGAUAGCACUGAACACCAAGCUCAAGAAUCGAAAGACAGUCGAGAAGCUGCUAGGCCCUGCAGUUCAAGAUAUCACCAUAUCGCCAGCAGUCGUGCGCAAGAUCGCAGAAGGGCCGGUAGACGAAGGCUUCGUGCGCGCUUUGGGAGAGAUCGAGAAACGUUCUAAGAUCAUCAACGCCAAAGCAAAAGAGCAGCCGGACUUGGGAGCCCUAUCUGAUAUCAAACCACUACUCGACAAUCUCACCAAUCGCGCUGUUGAACGAAUACGAGAUUACAUCGUUGCUCAGAUCAAGGCCAUCCGUUCGCCCUCGAUCAACGCACAGAUCAUACAGCAGCAGGCCUUCCUGAAGUACAAGGACUUGUACGCAUUCCUUGCGAAACAUCAACCAGAACUGGCCCAACAGAUCAGUCAGGCCUAUAUCUUCACAAUGCGCUGGUAUUACCUGGACCAUUUCACACGAUAUCGCACAGCCUUGGAAAAACUCAAAAUCCACGCAUUGGAUAGAUACGAUGUCCUCGGUGAGGAUCCUAACGUCAAGCGUGGUGGCAGCUUGCUUGGUCAAUCACGCAACACGCCUGUCACAUACGAUGCGUUUUCGCUUGGGCGACGCCGGGAUGCGUUGAAGAGUUCCUCGACAAAUGCACUUACGUCUCAUCUUGCAGAGGAAGAGAAGUCGGCACACUACCUCGAAGUUCCCUUUCGCAGUUUCAACCUGGCGCUGAUCGAUAACGCAUCGUUCGAGUACACCUUCCUCUCGACCUACUUCGCACCAUCACAGAACUUCCAUGCGAUAUCACGAACCUUCGCAGCGAUCUUCGAGCCUACAUUGGCAAUGAGCCAAACAUUGACGAAGCAACUCGUCGAGUCGACGACAGACACAUUGGGGAUACUGCUCUGUGUACGUCUGAACCAGCACUUCGCAUUCGAACUGCAAAGGAGAAAGGUGCCAUCACUGGACGGAUAUAUCAAUGCCACGAACAUGCUUCUAUGGCCACGCUUCCAGCAGAUACUCGAUAUGCAUUGCACCUCAUUGCAGAAGCUUACUGCGUCCUUACCAAAUCGCCCAAGCACAGGUGCAGCACUGCUUGGUGGUAGCUCAGCCAACGCAAACACUACGGCGCCAACUCCACUUACACAAAGAUUUGCCAACUUGCUGCACAGCAUACUGGCGCUCUCAUCAGAAGCUGGCGAUGAUGAGCCCGUGAGUGUGUCCGUUGGCAGGUUAAGGAGCGAAUUUGAGGCGUACCUAAACAAGUUUAGCAAGGCUGUCAGCGACGCUAGGAAGAAGGAAAGAUUUCUGUGCAACAAUUACAGUCUUGUUUGUACGAUAUUGGCGGAUGUAGAGGGAAGGCUCGGCGAUGAGAUGAAGGCGCAUUUCCAGAAGCUGCGAGAUACUCAUGACAAAUGA